GAAAUAGAAUGAGCGGAAACCGCUGCAGAAACCCCGCUUUUGCGUACUGUAUCUGAAGCAGGUCUUGCUGUCGGCCCGUGAAACGGACGCAAACGAACAGAACGAGGAGCGGUACAUAGCGGGACGACAAGAUGCCGCACAAUUUCCGCCCCGGUGAUCUUGUCUUCGCUAAAAUGAAGGGAUAUCCUCACUGGCCGGCCCGGAUUGAGGAUGUUGCAGAUGGGGCUGUGAAGCCACCACCUAACAAGAUUCCUAUUUUCUUUUUCGGGACACAUGAAACAGCAUUCCUUGCACCCAAGGACCUUUUUGCAUAUGAAAAGUGCAUCGAUCGGUAUGGGAAGCCCAACAAAAGGAAAGGAUUCAACGAAGGCUUGUGGGAAAUCAAGAAUAAUCCUCAUGCCUCCUACGGCACACCUGCAGCUGCAUCAUCGUCUGACAGCGAGGAAAACGAGCCUGCUGCAGCAAGUGAUGCAGAAGAAGAGGAGGAAGCAGUGGUACCCAGGAAAGCUGAAACUGGAAGUGAGGAUUCUGAUUCCGGGAGUGAAGAUCAGAGGAAGCCUGCUGUGAAGCGGAAAGCUCCCGCCGCAAAGGUAUCCAAACCCGCAAAGAGGCCGCCGGUGAAGAGGACACGGGCAUCGUCCAGUGACCGAGAAGUAGAGGAGAGCAGAUCUCCAUCAGAACCAGAACCUUCACCCAGUUCAGAUUCGGACUCUGGCAAAAAUAGUGACCAGGACUUCUCACCACAGAAAGAAACAGGUGGUCGAGGGGGCAAAAAACCAGCUGCCAGAGGCAGACGAAAGAAAGCAUCGUCAGCCUCUGAUUCAGAGUCCGGCUCUCAGUCAGACAGGAAGGCAGCCAGGAGCGAAUCAGAAGACGAGAAGCCACGACCGGCCAUCUCUGGAUCCGAAUCGCAGUCUGAAUCCAAAUCCGAUUCCGAUUCGGAACCUCCUCCCAAGAAACCACAAGGUCGCAAGAAGGCGGAGAAACCUCCACCAAAGCCACGAGCUAGAAAACCCAAGCCGGCUCCAGAGAGGGCUCCUUCCUCUUCAUCGGACAGUGAUAGCGACAGUGAGCCAGACCGUGUCAGCGAGUGGAAGAAAAGAGACGAGGAGCGACGGAGGGAACUGGAGGAGCGGAGGAAGAAAGAAGAGGCAGAGGAGCUCCGCAGGCUCAGAGAGCGAGAGAAGGAAGAAGAGGAAAACAGGAAGAAGGAGAAGGAGUCCAAGGCCAGGAGAGGUAGCAGCAGUAGUGGCAGCAGCAGUUCAGACGAAGAUGUGGACGAGCACCCUCUUAAAAAAUCCAAGAAACCUCCACCUCCCCCCAUACCUGCCCCGUCUGACUCCGACUCACCACCUCCUUCAGAGGUAAAAAAAUCCAGCAAACGUAAGGACAGCCAGAAAGGGCGACAAAAGAAAGAAAAGGAGGUGAAAGAGAAAAAGGAAAGGCCGACUAAAGAGAAAAGGCCACAGAGGUCGGAGGAAAAACAGAAAGCUAGGUCCAAGCCAGAGAAGCCAAAUCGUAGGCCAGUGCGUCAACCUGAGAAGAAGGUUGAGAAGAAAAAAGAGCCUUCUCCUGAAGAGAAACUACAGAAGCUCCACACAGACAUCAAAUACGCACUAAAGGUGGACAACCCGAAAAGUCUGGCCUUUUUAGAGGCAAAGGACAUUGAGAAAUGUCUACAGGCUUUGGAUGAGCUCGGCUCUGUACAAGUAACCUCUCACAUCUUACAGAAGAACGCAGAUGUUAUUGCAACACUGAAAAAGAUCCGUCGAUACAAGGCAAGCGGUGCAGUUAUGGAAAAGGCCACUUCAGUCUACAAUAAAUUAAAACUCCAGUUUACUGGCAAGAUGGAACCUAAUAAAGCAAAACCGGAUCAAAAGAACCAAGAAAACAAUGAAAAAGAAACAGAAAACACAGAUUCAAAACCAGUCAACGGUGAGUCGGAGGGUGAGAUAAAGGAAGGCUCCGACUCCGAAGGGAAUCUAAAACCCACAGACCAAGAGAAACAGGAUGAGAACAAAUCUCCAAACUCUAUCAGGCCAAAUCCAGACAGCCCAGCAGAGGAGCCAACACACAGAACUGACCCGACAGAACAAAAUCCACCAUCGGACACAGAACCAAUAAACGAGUCCAGCAGAGAACAUGAAGAGCAGGUGUCAUCUGAGAGCUGAAUGGAGAACUGCUGUCAGUGACACCCAGAUUCUGAACUGCAUCCCUCUUUUACACUCAUAAACACGCUCUGGCUUCCUUCCUUCGUUCAUUUGUGUUACGUUUUGUCUGCUCAACUUUGUACGCUACAUGAGUUUACGUGUUGUACAUAAAAUGUGAUAUGAACAUUAUUAGCACUUUUGAAUCAUGAGGUCGUAAGGCGCCCUAAUGUAAAUGUUGGAUGCGGAAGUGAUUCUGCACUAACCGCAUUCGGUCAACCGAGGGAGGUUUUAUUUCAGAAACACGUUGACAUCUAUGGGAGAACAUCAAAGCAUAGAUGUAUUUGGAGACUGUCUUAUGUCGUCACCUUUUAUGAGUGAAACUCAGAUUUUGUUUUUGUAUGAAAAAAAAAAGUUUAUAAAAAGCAGCCUGGUAUUGCAUUGAUCAAGACCCGCUAUGAUUAAGCCAUACUACAUGACGCUUAAUCAUCAUCAGUGCACACAUUAUGUAUUUUUGAUUUGUCUGGUAUAAAUUUCAAUAACCCUGUCUAUGGUUCACUAAAUUCUGUAGAUGUACUGUUAGUUGAUCAUUGUCUGGUCCUCACAUCUGCUUACCGAUUAGGAUAAAAACCUGAUGCCCAUGCAUUAUAAUAUAGGUUGACACAAUAAUUAUUUUUGUUGGAUGUUAUAAAACAUGCUUAUCAUGCAAAUUAUAAACAUUUCUAGUGCUAUGUAACUUGGUCCAAGCUUUUUUUAGCGUCCGUGAAGGAUUCAAUAAAAAAAUCUGCAUGAUGGCUACAA